AUGCCAUUCGCUGGAGAAUCGCCCAUACCAUCACCAAUAGAAGCGUUGGGAUACCGAUGGUUAAAAAGGCUUAGCGAAGGAGCUUUCUCAAAGGUACAUUUGACGGAGUAUCGAAAUCAGAUGGAAAAUCGUACUGAAACGCUGGCCUGUAAGUUGAUUGAUAUGAAAAAAUGUAGCGAUAAAUUUUGCAGACGCUUCCUGCCGCGAGAAAUUGCAGUUUUGUUGCACAUUCGGCACCCGUACAUUAUACGUAUUCAUGCCAUCAUCAAGUGCCGGAACAUUGUUUGCACUUUUAUGCGUUUCGCCGAAAUGGGAGAUUUACUGUCUUUCGUGGUAGAACAUGGACCCCUAAAAGAAUCGCAAUCGCGUAUCUGGUGCAGGCAGCUCUCAUUGGCCUUGCAGUACCUACACGAAUCGGGUAUUGCUCACCGCGAUAUGAAGUGUGAAAAUGUGCUGAUAUCGGCGAAUUUUAAUGUAAAAUUGGCCGAUUUUGGGUUUGCCAGAUAUGUCACGCUAAAGAACCGACAGGUUCAAAUGAGCACGACCUAUUGCGGCUCGUUCGACUACUCCGCACCGGAACUACUCAAAGGCAAACCGUACAAUCCCAAGGCAUCUGACCUGUGGGCACUGGGGGUCGUGGUUUAUAUGAUGCUUAAUAAAUCGAUUCCAUUCAAAGGCAAAACACGCCAGGUGUACGAACAGCAGAUGAUGCGCGCAUGGAAGUUUCGUACACGGGUCAAUGAUAUCCUAUCACCGGAAGUUAAAACAAUGAUUCGCAGCUUGCUUGAGCCAAACCCCGUGAUCCGCUGGACGGUUGAGGAAGUGUUAGUUUGUGACUGGUUGAUUCAAGACCGACGUCUACGCUCCCUUACCGCGGAUGAGUUUGCUGCCCUCGCGGAAGCACGAACCUUCAACCGAUUAUCAGCCAAUAUGGAAUCUGUGAAAAAGAAGCUACGUCAAAGGGAGUCCACUGAACAUUCGGUGACAGUCAUCAAAGAAGGCUACUCAAAGGAUGAAGAGAACAUGUUGUCGGGUGCUUUGAUUUCUCCAAAAAUAUCAGUCGUAGAAGGAACACAGGUUGAUAUCUAA